GUCACUUCCUCAACCGGGGUUAAGUGUCGUCACGCCAAUAGCGAUCCACUAUUGGCUGCUCCGUGCCAAACAUCCUAGUGACUCCGCCCACACCGAAUUCACCGUUGAGGCAGCAGUGGCCGCCAUUUUACCGCCACACAACCGGAUUUCCCGCCAUUUCCCUGCCUCGGCGGCGGGUCCGGUUGGUUCCUGUGUGUGAGGGGACGGGCCUGCUGCUGCCGGCGGCAGCCACAGACGAUGGCGGAGGAGAGGCCGCGGCCCGGAUCUGAGGAGGACAGCGAUGAGGUGGAGGAGGGAGAGGAGGCCGCAGAGGUCCCGUUGCGGCCGGUGAUGGAGGCCCCUGGGGAGUCGGAGGAGGAUGAAGGGGAAGAGGCCGCCUUACCGGAGGAUCCGCAGCCCGCGGUGGAGAAAGUAGAGGCCCCGCUACCCCCUUCCCCCGCGCCCACGAAACCACCUCUCUUCGCCGAUCCAACGCUCCGCCGGACAUUCCGGCCUCUGCUCCCCCAGCCACCCCGGCCCCCGCUGCUGGGCAUCUCCCCGGUCUAUCCCCAGGCCGUGCCGGAGCCCUCCCCGGCGCCCCCCUUCCUCUUUAGCACGCCCGUGGUCAAGUACAGACCCCAGCCCGCACCCGCUGCCGCCGCCUCUUCCUCCUCCACCGGGGGGGUCAACAUCUUCGCCAACGACGGCAGCUUCAUGGAGCUCUUCAAGAAGAAGAUGGAGUCCGGCAGCAAGGAGGAGGCCCGGCCCGAGGAGGAGGACAAGAAGCCGGAGCCCGAGCGCAGGAAGCCAAUCAGCUUUGUGGGCAAGCGUAGAGGAGGGGCAAAGCUGGCCCUGAAGACCGGCAUAGUAGCCAAGAAGCCAAAGUCGGAAGAUGAUGAGGUCCUGUUGCGCAAAGGAGGGGCGUGGGCACAAUACAUGGCUGAAGUGAAGAAAUACAAAGCGCACCAAUGCAGCGAUGACGACAAAACCCGACCGCUAGUGAAAUAACGCCAAGGAUCAGACUUGUGUUGCACAGUGCUUUGGGGAUAGCUUGGGCUUCCCAAACAAGAGUAUUUUCUUGCCCCACCUACCCUUCUGUUGCAGGCUCCUCUUGCUGCCCCCCCACACCCCCUUACUUCACUGUGGAUUAUACAUUGCUAAACCCUUACUGAACUCCUUAUGCUUUAUGAGGGAAAGAAGAGACUUUCUGAUUGGGUCCUGUAACGCAGUGCUGGCGCAUGGGGAGACCUCCGGCCACAACCCGUCUGCUGCCGUGGCAUAGAAGAAUAUAGAUAAUGUCUUUUUAAUUUUCUUUUUUCUUUUUAUUUUCUUAUAUUUGUAUUUUAUUUUAUUUUUCCUGCGUGGGGCAUGAAUUAUUUUACAAUUAAGUUUUGUAAGAAUGCUUGUUUCGAAUAUCCGUGUAGAAUAUUGUCCUCUAAACUAAACAUACCUUUACCCCUAAAUAUAUUCCUAUCCUAAUGAUGAAGUAUUGGAGUUGUGCUAAAAGAAAGAAAAAAUUAUAUCUGAUCUUUAUGGGUUUUUUUUUAAUUUAUGGUUGAAAACCAUCUUUUUCCAUGUUCUGAAGGCCGAGAGACGGGCUGGCUGCCUAAAUACGUAUAGAUAGUGUAGGGAGUGUAUAUAUAUUUUAUUUUUAUUCCAUUUUUUUUUUUUUUUUUCAAAAAAACCCCGUAUUGAAGUGUACAAGGAUAGGCUUCUAGAAUAGAACCUGUGUAUUGAACACGGCAGUCUAGUCAUAGUGUUAGACUUGGAUAAUGCAUUAAUAACCAUCCUUCGUUCGGUCUGAGUUUUGUGACUAUAUAGUUAGGAGAGGGGACCUUUUGUAGCAGUUGUCUGUGACAGACAAUGUGACUUGGCUUAUUAAUGUAACUUUCUUGGUUUAAAAUCGCAGCAGAGUCACUAACCAAGUAUAAACGUCAUAAGAAGUCAGUAAUUACCAGGCAGGAGUCGUAGUAAUGCAUAGUCUCUCUUACAGUAGACUGUAUAGAACUGGAUACGGUUCCAGAAUAUGGGGGCAGAUGUAUUAAGCACUGAGAAGUGAUAAGUUGAAGGUGAUAAUGCACCAGCCAUUCGGCUCCUAACUCAUUUUUAAAACCUGUAAUGAUUGGCUGGUGUGGUAUCACCUUCCUCUUACCACUUCAAGUUUUAAUACAUCUGCCCCAUGGGGCCCUGUGUGGGUUUUUUUUUUUUCCCUUUCUUUCUGAUUCUUGUAAGGGAUGUGUUUAGUCCUGUCAUCAAGAAGGUGUAUAUUGACAAAGUUCUUGCCACUUUACAUUACCAGGUUGAGGUAAAUGUCACUCACUUGCUACCAGGUUUAACGCCCCCAUGGAUUGCUUUACUAUUACGCUGCAUGUACUGAUGUGUCAUUAGUCGGGGUGUAUGGAUGCCCUCUUUCCUUUUUAGAGUCCGAAUAAAGCGAUCUGUUACAUUA